GAAGCGGCAGAACAGGACGAUGAUGAAGCACCGUCAGGGGAAGAUGCCGACACAGGCGCCGUGAAUCCAGAACGCAAGAAGAACUUCCAGUCCAAUGGCAAGACAGACGCAAAUAGCAAGUUCAAGCUUGAUAUGUCUUCGGCUGAAGCACACGCAAAGCAGCGACAGCUUGCGAAAGAACGGAAAGCGGCCAAGCCAAAUGCAGACGCAGUGCAAAGAACAAAGCAACUAUGGGAGCGCCUACGAAGAAAGUCGCAUGUGCCGAAGGAGGAGCGGAAGGAGCUUGUGACAGAGCUUUUCCAGAUCAUUGAUGGCAGAGUCCGGGAUUUUGUCUUCAAGCACGACAGCGUGCGUGUGGUACAGUGCGCGAUCAAGUACGCGCGCUCAGACCAGCUAAAGGGAAUUGUAAAAGAGCUUAAGGGCGAUGUACGGGAUCUCGUUGAAAGCAGAUACGGCAAAUUUCUCGUCGCGAAGAUGGUGGUACAAGGGGAUCGCGAAGACAAGGAUUUGAUCGUACCACAGUUCUAUGGCCACAUCAAGCGUUUGAUCAACCACCCUGAGGCAUCAUGGAUUGUGGACGACAUCUAUCGCCAGGUCGCCACUCCACCGCAAAAAGCUAUGAUGCUGCGAGAGUGGUAUGGCGCGGAGUACGCGCUUGAAGGGAAACAGAAGUCAGGAAAGACGGCUGAUAAAAGCGUAACAUCGGAUCUCAAGACGAUACUGGAAGAAAAUCCCGAGAAGCGCAAGCCUAUCAUGUCUUACCUCAAGACUAUGAUCAACAACUUGAUCCAGAAGAAAAUGACAGGCUUCACCAUGCUGCAUGAUGCAAUGCUCCAGUAUUUCCUGGCGACAAUGCCAGGUUCAGAAGAGCAGUCGGAGUUUCUUGAAAUCCUGAAAGGUGACAUCGAUGCUGAGGAGGAAGGCGGAGGUGGCGAUCUGUACAGAAAUUUGGCCUUCACCAAGAAUGGGGCACACCUUGUCUGUCUUGCACUGGCACACGGGUCCGCGAAAGACCGCAAAGUCAUACUCAAGUGUUUCAAAGAUCACAUUGAGGCUAUGGCAUUUGAUCGGUAUGCCAAGAUCGUCCUAGUCACAGGGCUCGAUGUUCCGGACGACACGAAGAUGACCUCUCAAACCAUUGUUCGCGAACUUCUUGGACUCCAGACUGAAGAUCAGACCCAACGUUCCGACCGAUUGGAAGGACUGAUCACUUCGCUUGAUGCUCGCGUACCUAUUCUAUACCCAAUGGCUGGUGCCGCUAGAUGGCUGAUGAGCAACGACGAAAAGCAGAUUUUGGAUGAAGUGCAUGAAAUCCGAAAAACUACGUCAAAGAAAGACCCAGAGGCGAGACGCCAAGAGAUUAUCAAGAACUUUUCUGAGCCACUUCUGGAAUUUGUCGCUGAUCGAGCCACGAAUCUUGUGCAAUCCUCCUUCGCCAGUCAAGCCGUGACCGAGAUCUUGCUGGAGUGCUCUGGAUCGCAUCGUGACUCUGCCAAGCAAGCAGUCGCUGCGCUCGCCGCAGGAGAUCCCGCAGAGGAAACACACAUUGCACGCGAUGCCGCUUCGGGUCGUAUGCUAAAGGCGCUUGUCGCUGGAGGACCUUUCGACCCGAAGACGAAGACCACCAAGCUUUCCGAGCCUCGCUUGGGCUUCGCGGAUGCUGUAUAUCCGGUGAUUAAAGACCAUCUGGUCGAUUGGGCAUGCAGUGACUCUAGCUUUGUUUGUGUCGCUCUGUUGGAGAGCGAAGAUGUGUCGGAUGAACUCAAGAAAGAAGUGAAGAAGGUUUUGAAGAGCGGAAAGAAACAGAUUGAAAAAGCAGCA